AUGAGGUGGCAGCGUGGCACUCGGCUUAGAGGGCUUGGGCCGGCGGCGGCGCCAUGGGCAGCCCUGCUGGCCCUGGGCCUGCCCGCGUGGGUGUGGGCGCUCUCGGGGCCGGCGGCCGCAGUGGGCCCCGAGCAGCACGCCUCGUCGGCCGGUCAACCCCCGCUGGACUGGCUGCUCAGCGACCGCGGCCCCUUCCACCGCGCCCAGGACUAUGCCGACUUCAUGGAGCGCUACCGCCAGGGCUUCACCACCAGGUACAGGAUCUACAGGGAGUUUGCCCGCUGGAAGGUGAACAACCUGGCCCUGGAAAGGAAGGAUUUCUUCAGUUUGCCACUGCCUCUAGCCCCAGAGUUUAUCCGGAACAUUCGCCUCCUGGGCAGGAGACCCAGCCUGCAGCAGGUCACUGAAAACCUGAUCAAAAAGUACGGCACUCAUUUCUUGCUUUCUGCCACCCUUGGAGGAGAGGAGUCUCUGACCAUCUUUGUGGACAAGCGGAAACUGAGCAGAAAGACAGAGACAGCAGGAGGAGCCGCUGUAGCGGGGGGCAGUGGGAACAGUUCGGCUGUGUCCUUGGAGACCCUGCACCAGCUGGCAGCGUCCUACUUCAUCGACAGAGAGAGCACCCUGCGACGGCUGCACCAUAUCCAGAUAGCCACAGGGGCCAUCAAGGUCACAGAGACCAGGACAGGUCCUCUGGGCUGCAGCAACUAUGACAAUCUGGACUCAGUCAGCUCCGUCCUGGUGCAGAGUCCAGAGAACAAAGUGCAGUUACUAGGCCUGCAGGUGCUGCUGCCCGAGUACCUGCGUGAGCGCUUUGUGACCGCAGCACUCAGCUACAUCACGUGCAGCUCGGAGGGCGAGCUGGUCUGCAAGGAGAAUGACUGCUGGUGCAAGUGCAGCUCCACCUUCCCGGAAUGCAACUGUCCUGACACCGACAUUCAGGCCAUGGAGGACAGCCUGCUGCAGAUCCAGGACUCCUGGGCCACCCACAACAGGCAGUUUGAGGAAUCCGAAGAGUUCCAGACCCUGCUGAAGAGACUGCCCGAUGACCGGUUCCUCAACUCCACAGCCAUCUCCCAGUUCUGGGCCAUGGACACCAGCCUCCAGCACCGCUACCAGCAACUGGGCUCCAGUUUGAAGAUGCUGUUCAAGAAAGCCCACCGAAUUGUCCGCCGGCUCUUCAACCUCUGCAAACGCUGCCACCGGCAGCCCCGCUUCCGCCUACCCAAGGAGAGGUCCUUGUCCUACUGGUGGAACCGAAUCCAGUCCCUCCUCUACUGUGGAGAAAGCACCCUCCCUGGCACCUUCCUGGAACAGAGCCACAGCUGCACCUGCCCCUAUGACCAGUCUUCCUGCCAGGGCCCCAUCCCAUGUGCCUUGGGUGAGGGGCCUGCAUGUUCCCACUGUGCUCCAGACAACAGCACACGCUGUGGGAGCUGCAAUCCGGGCUAUGUGCUGGCCCAGGGGCUGUGCCGGCCGGAGGUGGCCGAGUCCCUAGAGAACUUUCUCGGCCUGGAGACUGACCUGCAGGACCUGGAGCUGAAGUACCUGCUGCAGAAGCGGGACAGCCGCAUCGAGGUCCACUCUAUCUUCAUCAGCAACGACAUGCGUCUGGGCAGCUGGUUUGACCCUUCGUGGAGGAAGCGCAUGCUGCUCACCCUGAAGAGCAACAAGUACAAGCCCGGGCUGGUCCAUGUGAUGCUGGCCUUGUCCCUGCAGAUCUGCCUCACCAAGAACAGCACCCUGGAGCCAGUCAUGGCCAUCUACGUUAACCCCUUUGGGGGCAGCCACUCGGAGAGCUGGUUCAUGCCUGUGAAUGAGGGCAGCUUUCCAGACUGGGAAAGGACUAAUGUAGACGCAGCUGCUCAGUGCCAAAACUGGACAAUCACCUUGGGGAACAGGUGGAAGACCUUCUUUGAGACAGUCCAUGUUUACCUACGGAGCCGAAUCAAGUCCUUAGAUGAUAGCUCCAAUGAGACAAUCUACUAUGAGCCCCUGGAAAUGACUGACCCCUCCAAGAACUUGGGCUACAUGAAAAUCAACACCUUGCAGGUCUUUGGCUAUAGCCUGCCCUUUGACCCAGAUGCUAUCCGGGACUUAAUUCUCCAGUUGGACUAUCCAUACACUCAAGGUUCCCAGGACUCUGCCCUGCUGCAGCUCAUUGAGCUUAGGGACCGGGUGAACCAACUUUCCCCACCUGGCAAAGUCCGCCUCGAUCUCUUCUCCUGCUUGCUCCGGCAUCGGCUCAAGCUGGCCAAUAAUGAGGUGGGCAGGAUCCAGUCCUCCCUGAGGACUUUCAACUCUAAGCUACCAAACCCUGUGGAGUAUGAGACAGGCAAACUCUGUAGCUAA